AUGUGCAAAGUGCGUUUUUUAAAAGAGUUGGUGAAGCAGCGACUCAACGUGGCUGUCGAAGAGAUUUUCCAAGUCUUUGAGAGAACCUUGGUGGACUACGAGGAAGAACUUUGUCGAAGCAAAGAGGAGAACGAGCGACAACGACAACUUCUGGACGCUCUUCUCAAGCCACAAAUUGGAUUGCACGCAGCGGAAAUUCAAAAAGUGUUGGUGGAAAGUGAAGAAAAUGUUCCUCCCGACCAGCACAAGGAGCCAGCGGCGCCCCCGAAUUUAAAACAGGAAGCAGACGACAGUGGCGUCGCAGUGAAAAACGAAAUCUCGGAAGCUAACGGCGAGCUAGCCGACGCCGUGUCGGACGAUGGCACCUCCGACGAUGACAACGCCGACCCCAAAGGUGACGACAGCCCUCUCGUCUUGGCUGAAUGCGGCAAAACGUUCGUCCAGCGCGGCAGUGUAAACCAACAUAGCGACGAGAAACCGUUCGCGUGUUCCUAUUGUGGUAAGAACUUCACCAGGAAGUCCGACUUGAAGGUUCACGUGCAGGUCAAGCACACGGGGGAGAAACCUUUCAACUGUGACAUUUGCGGAAAAAAAUUCCCCGUCAAGAAAUAUCUAACCAUACACAUGAGGAGGACACACUCUCUGGAGAAACCUCUCGUUUGCUCUCCGCGCACUCAAAAUUCCCCGACUAAAUCAGAACUGGACAUGCACGACAACGCGCUUUCCGGUUCUUCUCGUUCUCCCGAGACUGCUAAAGAAAGCGCUUCGAUGCCAGCCGCCGACAACGCCUUCAUCUGCGCGGAAUGCGGUAAAACCUUCAGCUUGAAGGGAACGUUAAAACGUCACAUGCGCACGCACACCGGCGAGCGACCUUUCAGCUGCGGCGUGUGCUCCAAAAGCUUCUCCACCAAAUCCGACAUGAAGACGCACGUGGAGACGCACUCAGGCACCAAACCGUUCGCCUGCGGCGUCUGCGGCGAGGCUUUUUCCCUCAAGCAGUACCUGAAGAUUCACAUGAAGAGGCAUUUCGCCGACAAGCCUUUUAGCUGCAAUGUCUGCGCCAAACGCUUCUUCACCAAAGCUCACCUGAAGACGCACACGAGGACACACACGGGCGAAAAGCCGUUCGGCUGCGAGGUGUGCGGUCGCUGCUUCUUCUGCAAGCGAGACGUGCGCACGCACAUGAGGACGCACACUGGAGAGAAACCGUUCGCGUGUCCCGUCUGUCACAAAGGCUUCUCCACCAAAGCGUACGUCACCAUGCACAUGCGGACGCACACCGGAGAAAGGCUGUUCAGUUGCAACGUCUGUCAGAAAAGAUUCACUUUUAAAACGCAAGUCAACAGCCACGUAUGUACGAAGGACAAAAACGGACAAAAAGACCACGCCGGACUUUAA